AUGAACAAAAUCGGAAGAGUGUUGAGCACAAGAUGGGUAGCCAGUAGCUUUCGUACCGUUUCGGCUGUGUGGUUUGGCUUUCAAGCUUUGGCAAACCAUUUCUCUAAAGCCAUAAACGAUCCUGACAGAACAUCGACUGAAAAAAGCAAAUAUAGUGGUUUAUUAAAUAGGCUAACAUCUCAGAGUUUUCUACUAAACUUGGCCUUUAUGUUUGACAUUCUUGCUGAAUUGGCUUUGUUAUCAGAGAGCUUAGAGAAUAGAAACACUUCUAUUGUGUAUGCAGACAAACUGAUAAACAGAUCCGUAAGAUAUUUAGAGCACUUAAAGGAGAAGCCAGGCACGAAAGUUCUGGAAGCACAAAUCGCCAUAAAAGAAGGAAAUUUUGCAUCAGUUGUGUUAAAAACUAAUCCAAAAAUUGUAUCGUUCAAUGGACAGCAACUUAUUUCUAGUGUUAUAAAUAACCUAAAGCAAAGAAUGUUUGUCACCACAUUUGAUGGGGAAGCCCAAUAUGAAGAUCUUAUAAACUCUUUUAAAGUAUUAGAACCUGAGUAUUGGCCAACCUGCAUUCCACCAAGUUUUGGUCAAACUCAAGUAGAGCAACUGUGCAAGAGAUUUAAAUUGAACGUCAACAAAGCUGUCUCUGCCUACAGAGACUAUUUGGACAACAGCCGACAAGUGCCUGAUGGAUUGCAAGAACUGUUAAACUGCACUAAAAUAAUACCUUGCAGCUCAGCUGAUUGUGAACGGGGUUUCAGUUGUAUGAACAAUAUGGUUACACCAUCAAGAAACGCUUUGACUGUUGCUCAUGUAUCAUCAUUGAUGUUCAUAAAAAUCCAAGGUCCACCUCUCCAAGAAUGGCAGCCUGAGACGUACGUCACUAAAUGGCUGAGGAGCUACCGGUCUGCAGACGAUUCCAGGACAAGAGUUGCAGAAAACCCAAAAAAGAACGCAAAGAAGGAUGCAUUUUGGCACUUACUUUGA